UCCAUUUGUCCUGUCAAGGUAAGAAAAUGUAAAUGCGUAUUUAUUUUAUUUAUUUUGAGCGAUGUCACUGAGUUUGCAGAUUAAACAGCAGCGAUGGACCCUGCAGCUUAGCGGUUUAUGUAAACCUCUUUUAUCUACACCACAAAAAAGCCAGCAGUGUUGACAAAACCAGACACGGCUUCCAAGUCACCACACCUUUAUAAGCUGUCACGUCUGGCGCAAGCCAAUGCGUAUGUGUGGAUCCCAGCGCAGAGAAACACAGUCCGUGAAGUAACAAAUAUAUUUAAUAGAACCAAGGAUGUCCUCACCUGGACGUAACAGGAUAAGCAACACACGAAUGAGUCCAAAAGUACAAAAGCCAAAAACACUGUCAGCAAAGGCUGUCAGGAAAAAAAUGACAAACACGAGGAACGAAAAAACACUGCAGGAUAAGCCUAGCAUGAGACAAUGUACUGUAGCUUAGCACAAAAAACACGGGUAGCCGCUGGAGGUACAGAGCGGGAAAUACUGCUCACUAACACGAAUACUAAAAGCCAGAAAGCAGGGGUGCAGGUCGAGAAAAGGAGCCGGGCUGAGCAGUGAGCAGGUGAAGCUGGAGGUACAAUCUGGCAACUGCUGAUUACUGCUGCCAUACUUAAAAGAUGGACAAAGUGACAAACCCAAGCCAAAGUCAGCAAGACGGCAAGAGUGUGUCCAAUGGAAGGGCCGUGUGCUCUGAGGGAGGCGGAGCCAUGAUUGUCUUUUCUUUAAAAAACCAAACAGGUGGUCUGGCCAAGGUGCUCAAGAUAUUCCAGGAAAAACACAUCAACCUGCUUCAUAUCGAGUCCCGCAAGUCCAAAGGAAAGGAUUGUGAAUUUGAGAUCUUUGUGGAUUGCGACAGCGACCAGCAGCAGCUCAGAGAGCUGACUCAGCUGCUCCACAAGCACACGGACGUCGUUGAAGUGACGCCGUUUGUUGACUCCACCCACCCUGAUGACGAUGUGCCAGGCGUUCCAUGGUUUCCCAAGAAGAUCUCAGACUUGGAUCUCUGCAAACAGGUUCUGAUGUACGGAUCAGAGCUGGACGCCGAUCAUCCGGGAUUCAAAGACGAUGUUUACCGUCAAAGAAGGAAAUACUUUGCAGAUUUGGCCAUGAACUACAAACACGGUGAUCCCAUCCCUCACGUGGACUUCACGGCUGAGGAGGUGCAGACGUGGACUCGGGUGUAUCGGGAACUCAACAAGCUGUACCCCACCCACGCCUGCAAGGAAUACCUAAAGAACAUCCCCGUGCUGGUGGAACAGUGCCACUACAAGGAGGACAACAUCCCUCAGCUGGAGGACAUUUCACGCUUCCUCAAAGCACGCACAGGCUUCACCAUCAGGCCCGUAGCAGGAUACCUGUCACCCAGGGACUUCCUAGCAGGUCUGGCCUUCAGAGUCUUCUUCUGUACUCAGUACAUCCGGCACAGCUCAGACCCCUUCUACACACCCGAACCGGACACCUGCCACGAGCUGCUGGGUCACAUCCCCAUGCUGGCCGAGCCCAGCUACGCUCAGUUCUCUCAGGAGCUCGGACUGGCGUCCCUGGGAGCUUCAGACGACGCCGUGAAGAAAUUAGCCACUUGUUACUUCUUCACAGUGGAGUUUGGACUUUGCAAGCAGGACGGUAGACUGCGGGUCUACGGUGCAGGACUGCUGUCGUCCAUCAGCGAGCUCAAGCAUGCGUUGACGGACAAGGCUCACGUUGUCCCGUUUGACCCUGCCGUGACCUGCAAUCAGGAGUGCCUCAUCACGUCAUUCCAGGACGUCUACUUUUCUUCGGAGAGUUUUGUAGAAGCCAAGAACAAGAUGAGGGAGUUUGCCAAAACCAUCAGUCGCCCCUUCGCAGUCCGCUACGACCCGUACACGCAGAGCGUGGACGUCCUGAGGGACAUGGGGAGCAUCUGCAGCAUGCUGAAGGACAUAAGACACGAGCUGGACACUGUGGAAGACGCUCUGCACCGCCUCAACACGUCCUCCCGUGACCCGUGUGACCUUGCAUUGUCACAUGACGACAAAGAGAAAGCGAGCCGUACUUAACUAGAAUCCACUUCAUCUGCUCAGCGUUAGACAGCAUCUGCUGCAAGUCCAGCAGAACUCCCAUGAAAGCACACCUUUUAUCUUCGAAGCAAAUAAUAUUCAUUCACACACGUCAGCUUUGGCUUUUUAAAACUCUUUUCUCUCUUACGCUGCAGACCAAACCGAUAACUCCUUUUCUUUGCUUCCUAUUGAUUUGGUCUGGCUAGGCGAGGGGUGUCCAAACUAUAUAGAGUACCGGUAGGUUCAUAGCAAAAUGCUGACAUGUUAAAUAUUAUAUUAUAUUACAAGUUGUAAUACACUCCUCAUCCAAAUCUUAAGACCAGUUGAAAAAUGUCUAGCAUUAGCAUGUUGCUAAAAUGCUUUUUGUCUCACCCCCCCUUCUUGUUUUUGCGUAUUGUAGCUCUACUUAAAACCUCAUUAAGACCCAAAUGUGCAAAAUGAUCAUUCUAGACAUUUUUCAACUGGUCUUAAGAUUUUGAUCAGGAGUGUAUUACGGUAAGAGAAAAAGACGAACACAUAAUUUUAUUCAAAAAAAAAUAAAGAACAAAAUUGAAAUAGUUGGAAAAUGAAACACAAGAAAUGCAAAAACAGCUGCAACUGUUAGAGGAUAAAGUCAAAAUAUUACGACAAAAUAAGAAAAAAGUUACAAUUUUAUGAGACUAUUGUAAUAUAAGAAAAAAAAGCCAUUUUAGUAGCUUAAGGCUUGAAAUAUAUAAAUAUUUUUUCAAAGCAGUAAUAUUAUGGGAAACAAACAAAACAAAACAAAAGUUGUCAUUUUUGCAAAAUUACUUUGGGGAAGAAGUUAUAUGAUGGGAAUAAAAUCUAAAUAUUAUGGAAGUAAAGUAAUUUCACAAAAAGACCAUUUACAACUACCUGAAAAGACAAAAAGCUGUAAUUUUACCAGAAUAACAUCAAAAUAUGAAGACAAAACAAGUUGUAUUCUAACAUGAAAAAAUUCGCAAUUUUACAAGAAUAAACUUGUAAUAUUGGGGGAAAACAACAUCAUUUUACGAGCAUAUAGGUGAAAAAAAGAGUAUUUUUUUGUAACAUUGGGUUGGGAAUAAAUAAAUAUUAUAGGAAUAGGCUGCAAGGUGGUCUAGUGGUUAGCAUGUUGGCCACACAGUCACAGUCUGGAGAUGCGAAGACCUGGGUUGGAUUCUCCCUUGGGCAUUUCUGUGUGGAGUUUGCAUGUUCUCCCCGUGUGUGUGUGGGGGGGGGGGUUUCUGGGUACUCCAGUUUCCUCCCACAUUCCAAAAACAUGCAUGUUAGCUUCAUUGGAGACUCUAAAUGGUCCAUAGGUAUGAAUGGGAGUGUUUGUCUAUAUGUGCCCUGCCAUUGGCUGGACACCAGUCCAGGGUGUACCCCGCCUGUCGCCCCAAGUCAGCUGGGAUAGGCUCCAGCAUACCCACAGAAGAAGAAGCAUAGAAAAUGGAUGGAUGGAUUAUAGGAAUAAAGUCAAAAUAUUAUGGGAACAAGAAUAACGUCCAAAUAUGAAGAGAAAAAAAGUCAUUCUGUAAGAAGAAAAAGUCAUAAUUUUAGGAGGAUAAAGUUGGAAUAUGAAUAAAACUCAUAUUAGGAGAACAGAGUUAAAAUAGUAUUUUGGAAAAAAACAGCAAAAAUGGGGAAAAAAAGAGCAAAGUUUAUAUUACUAACAGGAUUUCUCAUGCAUAUUUAUUCUUGAAACAUAGCAUAUCUUUACUUUGAUUGAUGACGAUGGGGCCAUCGCUGGGGGAGGGACAUAUGGACCCUCGUAGUGGGUGUACAGUAGGCGUAAGUCGUUACUCAUUCAUGAAAACAACAAACUUCACAUGAACUGAUGAUAUGGUUCAUGUUGGAAGGAAGCACUGGUGGAGCUUACCGUAUUGUUGUACUAUUCUAUUAGGGUUGGAUUUGAAUCUUUGUGAGCAUGAUUGCUUCUCCACACAUAGAAAAACAAGACAUAGCUUUCAUCUAUUGUGUUAUUUCUGUGCUCAUGUAUGAACCAUAAAGUAAAGUUGAUGGAAUUCAAAGUACAAUACGCCUCAAUAGCUUGAUUUGAAGAGAAAAAAUGUUUGCUUGCUUAUUAUGUAAUAUCGUCUA